AUGAAGAAGCAGUGCAGGUGGUCGCUGCAAAUAUUGGAGUACAUGGAGAAGGGGUUUGAAGACAAAGGGGCAUGUUCAUCCAGUUGUGAAGAAAGAGAGUCUAAAAGUCAAAUUGUGGUCAUCGCGGAUAUCGAAGUCAAGGAUUCUGGGGAAGGACUUGAGAGUGUGGGUAAAUCAGUGAAAGAGCAGGGACARAGAAAGGGUAAACACAGAAAGGAGGUGAGGAAGGCCAAGGGGACAAAACCAACCUCUAAUGUGCCUCCAGUCAAUGACAAAAUCCCACUGAGCUCCUGGUCUUCCCAUCCAUCCAUCCCCUCUUGUUGCAAUGGCUUGAUCAAUGCUCUGUUUGGCAACACCUUCGCCCUAUGCCUGAUCAAUGGUGACAUCGAGUCAGACCUAACUCAGGAGUUCUGCCAGAUGGUUCUGACUGUGUCUGAGGCUCUGAGCUCAGGCAGGGUGUUCAGCUCCUUUCGGGGGGCCCUUCAGGGAGGGGAGGCAGCCAUUUUGUCCGGGGGUUAUUUUGACCGAGAGGACCCCAGCGCCCCAGCCAGAGCUGUGGAAUCCGUGGCUCAUAUUCUGACUGGGAGAAGUAAGCAGAAUGAUGUUGGAUACUGCUUGGCAGCUUUGAGACAACUCCGUACUGUGCUAUCCCAGGCCAGUGCAACUCUGCCCGAAGGGGAUAUGAGAAAUAAGUAUUUCCUGGCUGGGAAUAAAUCUGAGUUCUUUCAAGCUUGGGGGUCUGACAAUACCCAGGAGGUGAGAAGACUGGCUGCUGAGUUAUGGAGAGAGCACAGGAAGAGGGAGGAUGAGAUGAGUGCUUUGGAGAAGAGUUGAAGAACGCUGGAAGAACGGAAGAAAAGUGAAGGAUGUGUUGAUUG